AUGUCUCGGCAUCUCCGCUCAGACGCUUCCUCGGUAGCCUCGGCCUUUUUGUCGCGCUUCCAAUCCCUGGGACCACAAACCCGUACGCAAACGAUCGAUGGAAACCAGCUUCAGCUUCUCACCCUUACACUAAAUCGCCCGCCUCUCUUCCCCGGUGCCUGCUCCCUGUCCAAUUGUGCCUCCGCCCCGCAAUCCGGGGUACCUGUACCGCCGGGGUACCACCUCGUAUAUUUCACACCCGCGUUUUUGGAAAGCGAACUUGGAGCAGAUGGAACCGAUACGGCAUACAAUCCUGAUGUGCCCUUCACACGGCGUAUGUGGGCAGGUGGCGAGGUGUUGUGGCCCCGUGUGGAUGGGAUGCCCAAUCUGUUACGGGUAGGACAGCAAGUGCAGGAGACAACGCGGGUACUUAGUGCAGAGUCGAAGAUUCUGAAAAAGACUGGCGAGGAAAUAAUUGUUGUUAGUAUUGAGAAAGAAUUCUCCAACGAGCACGGCGUGUCAAUUAUUGACCGACGGGUCUCUCCCUCAUCUUCAACAUCCCAUUUUGCGACCCCAAAUCCUACCUCGCCCGUCAUCUCCACCGAGGGCAAUACCCACGCGCGAACCCUGGUGCAAACACCUGCGACACUCUUCCGAUUCUCUGCUUUGACUUUUAAUCCCCAUAAGAUUCACUACUCACUGCCCUGGGCGCGGGAUGUAGAAGGACACAAGGAUAUCGCAGUACACGGUCCGUUGAAUCUGAUCUCCAUUCUGGAUCUUUGGCGUGACACUCGUCAGAAUGCCACAGAUUCUACUUUGGUUGUUCCCGAGCGCAGAUUUUACCGGGCAACGAAUCCAUUAUAUGCCGGGGAUGAGUAUCGCAUUGUGCUUGAGGAGGGCGAAGGAACACAGGUGCAAAUUAUUGGGCCCGGAAGAGUAGUCGCCAUGAAGGCCGAGAUCCAUUAA